CUCUCUUUUUCUUUAUCCUUGGAAUUGAUUCUCUCUUGUUUUCUGUUGUUUGUUUUUUCUCGUUAAUUUCUUGUUUUGGUUUAUGGUUUUCUUUCUUAAUUGUGACAAUUUACUUUUCCAUUGUUGUUUUAUAUUCAAUUUGUUUCCUUCAACCAACCCAAUUAAUUAAUUGUUUCUAUUGAGAGGAAUAAUAAUAAUGGCGGUUAGACGGUCAUUUGCUUCAGAGGAAGAUGCUUUCGCUGUUUACUCUGAGUGUAUGAAAUUAUCUGCUGCUGGUAAGAUUAGUGUCAAAAAUGCUUUUGGAUUGAGACUUAUUGAUUAUAUGAGUCAAUUAGCUCGUGGUAAACAGAUUAAUUUUAAACAUAUUGGAUGUGCACUUGAUGCUGGUGCUAAAAUUUAUGGGCAUCGUGUUGAUUGUGUCCAAGCAGAAGCUCAAAAGGUUGCUAAAGAUUUUAUCAUUCUAGUAGGUGAUGGAGGUGGUCAAGCUGGAGAUGAUUUGGAAACAGAUUUUGAUGGUAAAGCAAAUGAUGGUGAAACUUUACCUAAAAGACGAAAGAUUGAGCGGAAAAAGACAAAAACCAUUUCAGCUGAUAUCUCAAGCUUGAAUACAACCAAAGUUGAAUCUAACCUUCCACCUGAUCCUUUAUUAGCACUUUUAUCUUCGUUUGAUGUUGGUAAUGUUAAUAGUCUUCUCAUGUCAAAUUUACCUUUAAAUGAUGAUGGUCUAUUGUUAUUAAGCUCUGUUGAAAUACCUUCAGUUGAUUCAAAGGUUAACGAUGUUGCAUUAGAUGGAACCACAAUUGAAACAUUAUUGUCACAGAAACCAUUUAUUAUUCCUAAAUUAUCUAAAUUUGAAUUUCUCAAUCGUGGUGAGGAACUAGACUCUUCUAUUUCAACAAUGAGAGCUGGAACUCAACCAGAUAAGUCAAGUUUCGCAUUGGAUGGUGUACAUUCACUUUCUCAACCUUUUGAGGCUUCAUUAGAUGUUCCUCAAGAUACUUGUGAAGAUCAACAUCAUGAUCCAGUUGACUUUUUUGAUGAUCAUCAUUCAAUUGGAUCCGAUUACGACAAUGAAACCGAUCAAGUUAAAACUGAGAAUAAUAACAAUUUACAACAAUCUGUGGCUCAUUAUUCAAUGCGUGCUGUGGAUUCCGAUGGUUUUGAUAAAUUAGUCAAAGCAUUGUCAGAUCAACCUUCCGAUUAUACAUAUUUCAAUAAGGAACUGUUAGGAGUGUGGGCUGGCCCUGAACAUUGGAAAUUAAAUCCUUUUGCAAAAAAGGGUUCAAAGCAAACUCAAGCUCAAUCAGUGACAAGAAGUGCUCGAAAACCACGAAAUCAAUUCACCGAGAUAGACUUUAGGCAAAAAAUUCCAAAUGAAACAGAAACCUCUAAUACAACAUUAAAAGUUCCGACGCUCUCUAAAUGGACAGACAGAUUAUUACCAAGUGACAUUUCGUAUGAGCCCAUGAAAUUGAUAAAACCUUUUCUUAUUGAAGGAACAACCUUCAGUUUAUUAAGAAGAAAAGGAAUCGAUCCUAAUGGUGGAUCACAUUUUAACGAUAAUGACUCUGAUGGAAGAUCAUCUCCUGGCUUGGAUGCUGGAAUGGAUAAUCACUAUGACGAUGAGUUCGCGCCAACUCAAGAAUGUUUCGGAACCCAAGCUUAUAAUCAUGAUCUUGAUAGUGGAACCUAUGCACCAUUUUCUGGAGAUAAUCUUGUUGACGAACCUUUUGCCGUUUCAUCGACAGCAUUACCUUUCUCGACCCACGCGAAAAAGAUUGAUGUUAAAAGGUUAAAACGAGAAAUGUGGACAAUAGUUACCAGUGAUACUGUAAAUAAAUCUCAAAAUAGUGAAUCAUCAAACCCAUCUAAUGACAAUUCUUCUAGUGAAAACAACCAAGAAUCUGAAACAACCAACCCUGAUAAAAAUAAUCAAGACAAACCUUUACCUUUCACCGAGGUGUACAAAAUUUUACCAAGUAGAGUUGGAACAUCGAUGGCAAACAAUCUCAGUGUGCCGAUUGCAUUUGUUGCUCUUUUACAUUUAACCAACGAAAAGAACCUUAAAUUACAAGGGAAACCAGAUUUAUCGGAUUUCUUUAUUCAAACGGAGUCCAUAACAUGUUAAUGUACAAAAAGUCACUCGUCUCAUAUUUUUGAUAAAAAAAUUAUGAAAUGAUCUCGUCUACACAAAUCAUUUACAAAUAAUUAACACCCAAUCCUCAACGUGUUCCUCUCAUCAAUCCUUUUUUAUCAAUUCAUCCUUCAUCUAUACCAAGAAAAAAAAUAUAACAAAUGUAAACACUUAAGACUCUUGCAGUUGUCAAGAAAAAAAAAACUUUCAUCUAUGAAAAUCACUGGAAACAAUUAAAUCAAUAUUUUUGAUAAUCUAA